AUGAAGGCUUUUCAAUCAAUUCCAAAGGCAAUCUUAUAUUUCUUUGAUAAAUCUAUUUGGGUUUCAGUACCUGAACUUGGUUUAAUUGAAAAAGGUUAUACGAGUCAAGAUUAUGAUCAUAAAGUGGUUGAUUUAAUGAAGGGAGAGAACUUUAACCCAGAGUUCUUGAAAUUGAAUCCGACGGGAACGAUUCCAGUUUUUGUUGCACCAAUAAACAUUCCAGAGGGAAAUCAAAAACAAGAAUACAAAAUCUUGACUCAAUCAACAGAUAUACUGGAGUACGUAGACACAACAUGGAAACCACUGAACCGAGCCACCAACGAGAAACCACUUCCGUCACUCUCGCCUGAGACCGCUAGUCUUAAAUCUGAAUCUGAUCAACUUAUCAGUCUACUUCAUGAAGAUGUCCACGAUCCGAAUUUCCUCUUACUUGGUUGUAUAAAUGAUGAUCAACUUAAAGAAAGAGGUGCUGAAGGUUCAAUGAUGAGACAGUAUGUAGAGAAUAGAGUUAAUGCUCUUAAAAAUAAUUUGGUCACUUAUCCAACAGCUGAUAAAACUAUCAAAGACUUUUGGCAAUCAAAACUACAGACUGAACAAAAGACUUUAGAUAUCUUAUUGAUGAAGGCUCCUCAAUCAGAUGUGGAAGCUUUCUUCAAUCGAACUAGAGUAAGCUGGAAAAGUUGUGUAUCUUUAUUAGGACAAUUUGUUAAUACUAUCACCACCAACAAAGGUGAAUUCAUCUUGGGUCAAAAAGUUACAUUAGUAGAUAUCCAACUUGCACCAUGGUUAGCAAGGUUUUUAUUAAUCCUUGGUUAUACAACACCACCACCUUCUUCACUCACUUCAAUUGAACUUCAACAAAGACUUGAAAAGGUUUUAAAAUUAAUUCCAGCUUAUGAGAUUGAUCAAAAUCAAUUAGGAAAGACUUGUGUUGGUUUAGAAAAGUAUUGGAACUCAUGGAGUAAACGUGAAAGUUUUAAGAAAGUUUAUGCGGAUGGACUUCAUUGA